CUCGUCAGAGGGUCCGUUCCGUUUCGUUCCGUAUCGUAUUAUAAAUGUGAAAAGUGAACCACAUAUACAUAUAGAAUACAUUGACAACAACAACAACAACAACAACAACAACAGGAAUACAGGCUCUCGGGGGCCUGCCAAUGUAUAAUUUUUUCAUGUAGACGAGACGAGUGUUUUGGUGUGGAAUUUCGUAAAAAAUAAAAUAAAAUAAAAAGAAAAAUAUGUAUGUACAAGUACCUAUGUACUGCUACUACAAUAAAUUCGCGUACAUACAUCCAUAUGUGCUUCGCUUGCAAGUUGAGAUUAAAACCUCAAACACGCCGGGCAUUUAAAAUCAAAAAAAUCCAAAAAAAAAAAAAAAAACGAAAUCAAAUCCAAAAUCCAGUGAAACUAAAACAUGAAAUUUAUGUGAAUAAAGAUUACCCAAACCAAUAAAAAAAAAACAGCAGCUUGCUGUCUGUUUAUGCAGUAUUGGGUUACCCAAAACUCACAGUCUGAUAUUUCCUGGUAGGAGGAGGAUCACUCAAUCUUAAUGAAUUUGGUACCGAUCGGGGGCCACAGUGAAGAGCGCAAUAGACUUUUGAUCUGAUUUAAUCCGCGAGCAAGGUCAUUCGCAGUGCGCUCAAACGAGACGGGCUUAAUGGGCUAUUUGAGACGUCAUUUUGGUGUUUAGAUAACACGGGCCAUCCACCAUCCGCAUGGCUUACUUCUAUUGAAUAUUUGGCCAAGUGUUGAUGUUUGUUUGGUGUACAUACUUGACAGUACAUUGUGUGAUUUCCGUUAAUAACAAUACAUACUUAUGGAUGUCAUAAAUUAAAUAUUAUAUUUCAUAUGCAUGAAGUAAUAUUUUUUAAAUAGAUCGCGAUCGAGAAAUAAAGCAAACGUGUUACAGGAAACGAUGAGGUUCAGUGCUACCAGUUGAUAUAUAUAUAUAUUUACAUAUAUAUAUAUAUACACAUUCUACCCAUCAAUGUGUUGACUUUUAAAAUUCAGUGCAUGCCUGAAAAUGUCAGACACUUGAUACCCCCCAGCCCAAUAAGGGGAAAGCCAACAGACUGCUUGAAUUUCGGAUUAGUUUAGUGUGGACAAAAGGCAAAAAAAAAAAAUAAACAAGAAAAUGUUAAGACACAUGGAACGAUUGAUUUCAAAGACACACGCAAACGGAGAGGUGAAGAAGACGAGCCUUUGGAUUCUGUCGCUUUCAGCUCUUUUUCACAUUCUAAAAGAAAUGGCUUCCAGCAGUAGCAGAACUUUCUGCAGUCGACACGAGAACAGUGAAACAUCUACCUAUGCCCAGCAAUGUCGCAUGGGAAUAGCAAAAGCCUCAGCAGCAGUUACCAGAAUUGCGAAUGCAGGCCAUCGACGACAACAGAAAGAAUGCUACUACUAUACUCCAGCUACCUCCCCCUCCAAACAGCAUCGGCAGCAGCAGCAACAGCAACAGCAGCAGCGGCAACAUCGACACUGUUGGCCAGUUUUGCAGUUUGGCUCAUGGCACAGCUCAAUGACCGCCUAUCGAUUGCUGACAAUCAGCCUUCUAAUUGGUAUUCUGUGUCCACAUCACGUUCACGGCGUGGAUCCCAAAUUCGAUCCUACAACUCGCAUGCGACUCGUACUUGUGCCGGCUGACGCACAGGUCAAUUCGGUAAUCUACAGAUUGCGUGCAACUGAUGAGGAAUUCGACUAUCCUCUGACCUUUGAGUUUGUAGGUGAUGCAUCUUCGUCCACCGUCAAGGUGGAAUCUCUUCCAUGCACCAAGUACAAUUCGGUAUGCCAGGCAAAUGUUGUACUGCAACGUCGCCUGGAGCCGGGACGCUACUAUGACUUCCAGGUUUCUGUGAAGGACACAAAAGGUGGCAUGGCUACGCAAUUGUGUUCAAUUACAGCAACCAAUUUUACAACGCCCCAUGACCACAUAUUUCCCCAUAAGCCAGGCAUCAUAAUGAUACCUGAGGAUGCUAAACGUGGCACAGAAUUGGAUUAUGUAAUAGCUCGAAAGAAUCCGCUUUUCCAAAAACCAGUCUACCUCGAGUUAUGGGGCUCUCCCUUAUUCGCCAUAAGACAGAAAAUAGUGUCAACCGAUACCACAGAGGGAACAGUUUUUCUCUUAGGACCAUUAGACUUUGAAAAACAAGCCAUGUAUCAUCUAACAAUACUUGCCAAUGAUGCUUAUGCCGAGCCAGGUCAAGAUAGUCGCAAUAUUGCGGGUAUGGAGAUUGUGGUUAUUGUCCAGGAUGUACAAGAUCAGCCGCCAGUGUUCACUUUGGCACCGCCAGUUACCAAGCUGCCUCCAGGCAUACUUCCCGGGGAUAAGAUAUUGCAAGUCCAUGCCGAAGAUGGAGAUAAAGGCAAUCCUCGAGAGGUUCGAUAUGGCUUGGUUUCGGAGAACAAUCCAUUUACAUCAUUCUUCGACAUCAAUGACACAAGUGGUGAAAUCUUUUUGAUGCGACCUUUAGAGGAUAUUGCCUUCAUCACGCAUGUGGGCGAUCCAGUCCUGCUCACUGUAAUCGCUGAAGAAGUUAAAGUUGGUCGUGACGAACCUCCUGCAAUGGCUUCUACAGUCCAAUUGGCGUUCUUUCUGCCCGACCGUACUAAUUCAGCGCCUUACUUCGAAAAUGAUCAUUACGUCUCGAGGGUGGACGAGAAUGCACCGCAAGGCACGGCAUUGACAUUCAUCGAUCCGUAUGUGCCGCGAGUUUAUGAUGAUGAUACCGGCAAAAAUGGUGUAUUUUCAUUAACAUUACUUAACAAUAAUGGUACAUUCGAGAUCACUCCAAAUGUGGCCGAACGCAGUGCAUCCUUUCUCAUACGUGUGCGGGACAAUGCAAUGCUGGACUAUGAGCAACAGGAUUCGGUGCAAUUCUCAAUUUUGGCCCAAGAACUGGGGCCAGCCACAAAUCUAUCGGCCAUUGUUAAUGUCACCGUCUACAUCAAUGAUGUCAACGAUAAUGCACCAAAAUUCGAUCAGCCAUCGUAUGCUGUGGAAUUGCCAGAGAAUAUGACUGUCGGUACAAAGGUGGUGCAAGUCCAUGCCACCGAUUUGGAUUCUGGUUUGGGUGGCAAGGUUCGGUAUACAGCCAUUCUGGGAUAUUUAAAUACAUCGCUCAAUUUGGAUGCAGAAAGCGGCUUGAUAACCGUAUCCACAAAUAACCAUGGCUUCGACCGUGAGGUCAUGCCAGAGUAUCACCUGUAUAUUGAGGCUCGGGACAUGGAUGGCGAGGGCAAUCGAGCACAAGUGCCAUUAAUCAUUAAGCUAAUAGAUGUGAACGACGAGACUCCGAUCUUUGAGAAAGAUCUGUAUGAGUUUAUACUGGCGCCAGAUUUAUUGGGCUUCACAACUGCAGCAAUUAUCCAUGCGGUUGACAAUGAUGCCACAGCGCCAAAUAACGAGGUACGCUACGAGCUAAUCAACGGCAACUAUGAGAACAAGUUUGCAUUGGACAAGGUGACCGGUGAGUUGACUGUGCGUGAAAAGAUACAUUUGCGCGCCAAGAAGCACACAACAAGCAGCAGUCCAAGUAUAAGCCGAACCCGUCGAGCCACGCAAACCACAUCGACGUCAGAUGAUGACAACGGUAUCUUUAUUUUAACGGCCCGUGCCUAUGACUUGGGUGUGCCGGUUCGUUUUUCGACAACAACCAUACGCAUCUAUCCACCGGAGAGCCGUAAGCGAACGGUCACUUUUGUGGUGCCGGGUCACAAUCCGGAUAAGGCGAAAACCGAAGAAACGCUAUCCACCAUAACUGGUGGCAAAGUAAUUAUCCAUGACAUUCGGCCAUUACGUGCUGAUGAGCCUGGAGCUAAAGAUAUACCAGCUAGCAGCGGCGGUGUUACGGAUCGCAGCGUAGUCACGGCAACCGUGAUCUAUGACAGUUCAUCAUAUGUUGACAUUUCGCAGAUACAACAGCGACUCUCCCAGCAUAACAACUCCUAUGCGAUUAUGCCCCAAGAUACGGCUCAAACGGACACUCUUACUCCCUUGCAGACCCAGUAUAAAGCUGAAAACAAGGUACUCUUCUGGGUACUAAUACUUCUAGCCACACUGGUCGCCCUCACCAUUCUGAUUCUCCUGCUCUGCUGCAUAUGCUCAUGGUGUCCUCUGUAUGGAGCAGCCACCAAAAGAAUAGUUAAUAUCAGUAGAACUGAAGACGAUGUACAUCUAGUGCAUAGGGAAAUGGCAAAUGGAAAACAUACAAAAUCUGUUCAGGUCGCAGAAUGGAUGGGAAGACGCGAGGCCUGGUCAGCGGAGAAGCCACCAGAUACACGAACCAAACCCACCCGCUGGGAGUUCCACGACGGGCGUGAUCAGCUUAACGAAAACGUAGGCUUUUCCGUUUCUGGUAUCCCCGAUGCCGUUUACCAGGACACCGAAGAGGGACGCCAGAUACGAUCAGCAAAUGACCAUCAAAGGCGUGUUCGAAUCAAGAACAGCCAUACAGCCAAAGACGACCUACAUCUUAGUUUUCAUAACUCUAGAACUAAUUUAAUAAAUGAUCGCGAUAUUUACAUAGAGGAUGUAAUGGAUGAGGAGGGAGAGCAAAGUAAAUCAAAUAGACAUUUAGAACCUGCACGGAGGAAACGCUACGAUACGGAAUCCAGGCACCACGAUAUUGAUUCCAUGCGUCGACAUGAGAUCGAUCGCGGCAGCGAUAUUGAUUUUAAUGUUGCACAGAAUAGUCUUAAAAGUAAAAGGGAACUGUUCAUCAAAGAUGGAAAUGUCGAGAUACUUCAACUGAUGACCAGAGACAAGUCACGAGAUCGUCCUGGCAUGGAUGAUGACAAUAUUUAUGUUAAUGUGCCGCUAAAACAAUCGGCAAAUCUGUCUCAUCCACAAUUACUUAUGGUAGAUAAUACGGGAAAGGAGAUACUAAUGCGGCGAUUUAUUGAAGAGCAACCCGAUGGGAAGCAGAUUAUUCGUGAGCACUACCAAAUUCUGCCAGGAGCAACAUAUUUGCAAUCUAUGCCAAACGAGGUACAUCAUGGUUCCACCUUGAAAGAUGACACCUUCCCACUGGGCAAAUCGGGACCCAAUAGCAUUGUCUAUUCACAAAUGGAACCAGAAGUCAAAGUUAUUCAUACCCAGCCGGUCCAGGGUGCCGAGGUAGCGUCCGAAAUUCAACCUGCCAUAUCAAACCAAUCUAUAACCCAUGAAUUGGAGAAUUCGCUAAAGCAACAGAAUGCCCUUCUACGACAGAUAUUGAUGGAGAAAGAAAAGCUAGAAACUAGAUACACACAACACGAAGUUGCCCUAGAAACUCAAAGUCUUCCAGGACAAUCGAUGGCCAUAGGAACACAGACGGAUUGUGAUGCUGGCACGCAGACUGAGCCGUUUGAAGAUGACAUCCAGAAGACUUCAACGGCUGGCAUACAGACACAGGUCAUUCGGCGCAGAGCACGAAGUGAGAAUGAUGAUUCAAUGUCCGAAGAUGGAUACGAAUAUGUUAGAUUUAGUCCCCCGAAUAGUCCAGAAGGUGUCUAUUGGAUAAAGCGUCGACGACCCAAGAAGCGUUCACGACAGCGUGCAAUGCAUCCUCGAAAGAGAAUUGUGAUGGUCGAGGAGGUGAAGCGAAAAAUCCGUACUCCCAUUAAGGAAGAAGAGGAGAUGUAUGAGAAGAAAAAGAAGGUGCCACCGAAGAAGCCUCUGCGAGAGACCAAGACAAGUAUUCUGCGCAAACAAAUGAGCGACGAAAGUCGAAAAGCCGACUCCACAUCGCACAGGGACAAUCAUAAAGAUAACCACAAAUCCGAGGCCUUAAGCCGCGAAGUCCUAAUGGAAAUUUCAGACUCAUUGGACGAUCCUGCUAGUCCGGGGGAGCAUAGAAGUCGAAAGUUACAUAUCGAGCAGUAUUAUAACAAUUCCGAUGGAGAAGAUAACACCGAAUACUCCAUCGACUCUGAUGCGGAUGAAAUAGUUAUACGCACAAAUGGAUAUGUCCCCAAAGAGCAAUAUAAAAUGGAAGCUUUAGAUAAACACUACUUUGAGAUGCACACCAAGGAGCGUAGAACCAAACCAAGCUCCCUAUCUCGUUCACCCUCUGUGUCCAGGGAAUUUCAACCUGAAGCCCAGCCAAGAUUAUCGCGUCGCGAUAGUUCCAAACGCAGCAGCAAAUCCAGAAAGCAAACUUCAUCCGAACCACCUCAUAAUCGAACGUCCAUUUCAAAAUAUGAAUCAACGGUUAGUGAAAAUGGCAGGAAAAUUACAACGACAGAGUUAACCGACUCGAAACGCUCACUCAACGAUCGGGUUUAUCAAAGUGAAACAGAAUUGGCCGAUCAGGAUAGUUCAGGGACACGGAAUGUGCCCAAGUACAUGGAAUGGUAUUAUAGUAAGAAAAAGUCUUCCGUAAGCGGACGAGCCUCAACAGAAUCCUUAAAAUCACAACCGUCGACUAGAAAAAAACAAGCUGCAUCUGAGAAAAGAGUAUCCAAGACACGUGUGAAUGUUAAACCCGAUGACUUUGCAAUGCCAGACGACGGAGGCAAGUAUAAACCGGAACCGGCACCUCGCAAAUCACCGCCAAAAGGUGCACGACUCCUUAAAGAGGACAGAGCCCUGAACAGGCAACAAAAACCAAAAAUAGAAACAGACACCAAUCAUCCUUUACUACAGCAUUCUGAGCAUCGGUUUGAGCGAGAAAAUGCACCAGAAGUGCCAGCGCCUCCCACCAAAUUAGCACACUACAUGUACCCGGAAACUCCGCCGCAUGCCACGAAUCCGGAUAAAGAACAAUCAGCGAAAAGGCCAAACAAGCCAAAGCCAUCGCCCAUCAGAGAAAACGAAGUUAAGGUCACAAAUUCAAAAAUUAAUCUUUACAUAGAGGAUCGUAAUGCCAACCAGCAGCCAGGUGCCUCCGGAACGAAGCAACUUAACGCUUCCACACUGGAGGAUGAUCACGACUCUGGCAUUGCCAUGAAUUCCCUACUAAACAGCAUGGGACGACGUAAUCCGAUUGCCGAGAAAAAGAGCGUGUUUUCCAUUGCUUACGAUGAUGUUAGUCGCGUCAAAAAGAUUCCAUCGGGCGGUGAGUCCCCGCAAUACUCAUAAUUUAUAAAUGGAAGCCCCGCAAAAUAAUUAAAUAAUAUAUGUGAUAGCCUCUAAGGCUCCCUACUUACGAAGCAACGAACAAAAACAAAAUAAAGAAUAAAGAAAUUAUAGCAACACUUGUAUAAAACGUGCAACUUGUUUCGGAGCACUUUAUACUACUUAGUAUAUACUGUUUGCCAGUCUCGUUGAAUCUGUCAUUUCAUAAAUCCAUAUACACACAUAUACAUACAUACAAAUAUAUAUACAUAUAUUUACACAUAUUAACCCUCUAUUUUAUAAGGUUAGUACAUAUGUCUGUAUAGACACAGUCUUUAAAGUGUCAGAUCUAAGGAUGUGAAAUAGGACAAAAAAUUGUCCAUUAAAGCAUGCAAUAAACCAACAUUAUUGGGCAGCAUCCCUCAAAUUUAAAAUAUCUGUAGAUUUGACAUCUCUGGACACAGUGCAUUAAGAUUAAGCUCAAUUCGAACUUCUGUUCCCCUUACCAAUCGAUGAAAUCGUAUAUUACUAUAUAACCGAUAUGAGCUUUAAUUUUUUUUUAUAUGAUGCUUUUCACUUCAAUCUAUCCUAUAAUUUUUAAGCCAGAAAAUUGUGUCUAGUUAUAAAUGAAAAUAAUUUUAUUUUAAUGAGUUUAAAUUAUCUUUUUGUACAUACAAACGCACAGAAGUCACUCUCACGUGCUAAUCCUAUCACAAUUAAGUAUAAUUAUUAUAUGUGCUGUCUUUCAAAAUUAAUUUUCUUACACAUUUUGAAAAGGACAUUGACCAAACGCGAAAACAGGAAAUCGUCAAGUGGAAUUCAUAAAUUUUUGUUUCAAGCAAAUUUUGAUUCUUAAUGAGAAUUGAUUCGAAUACCUAAUUAAGCCAUUGCCAGAAACAGGUUCUAAUAUAUACAAAUACUCAUAAGCGUGGCCCCUAAUCAUCUCUUGCAUUCAAGUCACGUGCAAGAAACCUUCAAAAUAUAAACAAAAUAAUACUAUUGUAAAUUUCCGAUCAUUUUCAAAUCUUUAUACAUCCCUCCCCAUAUGUUUGUAAUAACUUGUAUGCCUAACUGCCAUAUUAUAUAAAUUAUGGUUAAGUAUUCCUGUAAAUAAUAUUUCGACAUAAGUUUACUCAACGAAAUAUAACUAACCUUAUAUUG